UUGGGACACCAAUCCAAAUGUAAUAAUGUGUUCAAACUGGAGUUGAGUGCUGUUAUUAUCAGUCACACAUUAAGUGUGUUCGUACCCUCUCUCAAGCUGAAACCAACACAACGCGUCAAUCACCAUCCACCACCGACGGGGACGCAAGGGGACAUCACUAAAAAAGAUGGUCUUCUACGAGCUGUUCGACGAAUGUGUGCAACCUACCCUAAAUGUGCCCCGUUGCUGCUUCUUCCAACAAGUUUUCAUCUACCAAGUCUCGCAUCCGGUUGGCUGACUAGCCAUGAUUGCCGUUCUCUGCGCCAGUGUUUGUCUGCAUCUAAUCCAAAAUCUGGCUUUCAACCCCAACUAAAUGGGGAUAAACAGUAUUCCCAAGAGUGCAAUUUUUCAUACACUAUUUACCGCCUGCACCGGAGUCAAGGGUACUGGAACAAGUCGACCAAAGUGGAAGAUUGUUGCGAAAAUUCCGAACAACAUGUCUGCGCUGACUGUUGUUCAGACCCUACUCAGCAAGUGCCAAAUAUCUGGAUACUGAAACCAGCCGACGAGGCACGGGGAAAAGGAAUUUACCUGUUUAAUCAGCUGGAGCAGUUUGCCUAUUUUGCCAAAUCUGUAGUGCAAAAGUACAUCACAGACCCUCUGCUGAUUAAGGGCUACAAAUUUGACUUGCGGUUGUACGCAGUUGUGCCAUCAUACGCACCAUUCAUCGUCUAUAUUUAUUCAGAAGGUCUUGUCAGGUUCGCCACGGAACCAUUCGACUUGAAUGAUUUGCAGAACGUCUACUCUCAUUUGACCAACACCGCCAUUAACGUGAAUGGACCAAGAUAUCUGUUAAAUAAGGCACCAAACGCUUAUGAACUCUUUGGUUUCGAUAUUCUGAUUGACAACCAUCUGCGUCCAUGGCUACUGGAGGUCAAUGCCAAUCCGUCGAUGUCAGGCACUUGCAUUGUUGACGAACUGGUCAAAAAGCCACUCAUCACCUCUCUGCUUAGUAUGCUCAGGCUCAGUCGACGUUCACCUAAAUCUUUUUUAUCAAAUUCGAUCUCAAAACAUGAGUCAGAAGUGAAGGAUAUACGCACAAGUUCGGGGAUUAUUUGUCUACCCAUAGAACAAACAGCAGCUCACCAAAACCCUGCUCCAUCUGGGCAGCUGUGUUUCAGUUUCAAAAACCGACCAACUGAAUCAAAAAGUAAAUUACCCAUUCGAGUGACACAAAUUCAAAAUUCCGCACCUGGUGACAAUGCACUGGGAAGUGCGUUGCAAAGGAACGAGGAGCUGAACGCUUCUUUGACAUCGCCUGAUACUCACCAUGAUCUGAUCGGCCAACUCUUCCAAAUGGGUAAAGGAAACGAAAACGUUCGGGAAUGUUCCGCGAAUCGUGUGUCUGUCCCCUUAGGUAUGCUUGCCUCUUUGGAUGAGUUGCACAAAUUGGGGAAGCAAGUUCCCAUCGGAGGACUGUGUGAUGUAACAACAUGCAUAGGCCGACUGCUCUUGGGGCUUCCAAAAUUUCAGUGUUCACUCUAUGGAUCGGGAUCUGAGUGUUUGCUUCCACGCUUACAUGCAUUGGGCGAUCAGUUUAAACAUUCAUACAAGUUACACAAGAAUCCGUCCCUUCGGACCGCUUCGAAAGAUGUGUUGAUGGAACCAAACGGUAUCGCUGGAAUACAUGGCAAGCGCAAAGCGCCAAAAGCUAUUGGAGAAGGUUGUCAUCCGACAUUUCAUUCAUAUUCGACCUGUUCCAAGCCUUGUACCAUGAGAAACCACGCCCAGAAAGAAGAGGAGCAACAGCAUCAACAGUCUGGGAAUGAGCUUAUUCCACAUGCCUUUGGUUUGAUGCGAUUAGCCUUUCCGUUUAACUUGAGCACGCGGAUAGCCUGCGCCAGUGGACGUGGUGGAUAUCCGGAUGUCAAAUCUUGCGUCCAACAAAUCUGUCGUCUAAUGUUUCAUUACGCCCGGGAGAGAAGAGAUGAAUCUGUUGUGACCGAUAUUUCGGUGAUGGACAUCCCAGGUGUGUGGGACGAA